AUGGAGACGCCGACGGUGCCCAUCAACUUUGUCCCCGCAAAGGCCGGCGAGACGUUCAAGGUCGGCACAAUCACCAUCCGAAUCAUGGAGGAUGGCUCAAGGACAGAUCGAAUUGGCAGUGCCGAGUUCACCGUGCCUCCUCAUACUUCCGGUCCACCUCCACACUGGCACGAAAUGCACGACGAAACCUUCCUCGUGACGCAGGGAACGCUCCGUUUCCACGCCCUCAACGGACAAACCGUCGACGCAAAGCUGGGCGACUACGUGACGGUGCCGCCGCGGUCGCCGCACACAUUCAGCAACCCCUACGACCAGGAGGCCAAGUUCUUCAACACGUACACGCCGGCCUUCUACAUCAACUAUUUCCGCCUGCUAGCCACCAUGAACCAGCAGGGCCAGCCCAUGAAUCCAGAGGCGAAUCGUAAGGCCAUGGCCUAUUUCGCCACCAUUGGCGUCGCGGACGACGAGAUGCAGAUGGACAAACAGCAAUUCUACGGCGAGGCGGACCCGUCGAAGAAAUGA